AUGUUGAGCUCACUCAAAUCACAUGAAGAAGGUGAAGAAGACUCCCACCCCCACCACCUCCAUCACCAUCCCCCUUCCCCACGCUACCUCCUUCUCCGCUGCGCCGAACUGAUCCACCGUGCUGACCAUCCUGCUGCACGCCGCGCCGUCUCCCUCCUCUCCGCCACCACCUCUCCAUUUGGCGACUCCACCGACCGUAUCGCCCAUCAAUUCACACUCGCCCUGUCCCUCCGUCUCGACCGCCUUUCCCUCCUCCCUUCCCCCUCUCCCACAGAGUCCAGUGAUGCCACACAAUCCUCCUACCUCUCGCUCAACCAGAUUACCCCUUUCCUCCGCUUUGCCCAUCUUACAGCGAACCAAGCUAUCCUCGAAGCCAUAGAGGGUCACCGCCACAUCCACAUCCUUGACUUCGACACUUCCCAUGGUCUCCAAUGGCCCCCUUUCCUCCAAGCCAUCGCUGACCGCUCCGACCCCUCCGAUCCCCCCUCAAUCCGCAUCACAGGUACCGGCUCUGAUCUCUCAGUUCUCCGCCGCACUGCCCUUCGACUACAUUCCUUCGCCGCCUCCCUCCACCUUCCCUUCCAAUUCCACCCACUCCUCGUCCCUCCUUCCACCACAGCAUCCGCCACAAACACCGACAUCAGUGGUGGCGCCACUGCCUUCCAUCUUCGUCCAGGUGAGACACUAGCCGUUAACUGCGUCCUCUUCCUCAACAACCUCCUCAAAUCCGAUGGCUUCCGUGACGCUCAUGCCUUCCUCCGAUCAGUUCGCGCCCUCAACCCAGUGGUAGUGACCCUCGCAGAGCGUGAGGCGAGCCACAGCUCACCUAUGUUCAAAGAGCGAUUUGCAGAGGCCCUCGAGCACUACACGGCUGUGUUCGAGUCGUUGGAAGCUACACUGCCGCCCACGAGCGGGGAGCGGAUGACGGUAGAGAGAGUAUGGUUCGGGCGGGAGAUUGCCGGAGUUGUAUCAGGAGAAGACAAGCACGAACGGUUCGAACGGUGGGAGGAGAUGAUGAGGGCUGCUGGCUUCUUGCCAGUUCCACUGAGUGCCUUCGCCUUGUCACAGGCGAGGCUACUUCUUAGACUGCACUAUCCAGCAGAAGGGUACAGACUUCAGGUGGUGAGGGGCUCCUGCUUCCUUGGUUGGAAAAGCAAGCCACUCUUCUCAGUUUCUUCUUGGCACUGCAAUUAAUGAAUGCAAAUAUAAUUAAUAUUUCUUUGCACUCUAAACUUAUUCCUUAUUA